AUGUCCUACCUUGAGAUCAAGCGAAUUGUCGAAGAACAAAUCAGCAAAGUCAGCCAGCCCGUCGAGAUCACCGACGAGGUGCGGCGCGUGAUGGACAAGUACGGAAUUCCCGAAGAAAAGAUCAAAAACGGCCUUCUCAAGGUCAAUCUACAUAUCAAAAGGCAAAACAAGCACAGAUUCAGCAAACAAGUGGUACACCAGCUCGUGCAGCAGAUCCUCAAAAACGAGCACGACAAGCUUUCAAAGGUGAAUGAGCAGCUACAGAGAGUCCAGCAGCUUAUUCAGCCUGUCAUUGUUCCAGAAUCCCAAGGAGGGCUUUCGAUCAAUGAACGAGUGAGUAAGUUACAAGAAUUGGCCGAGGUUCUCCCGGAGCCAACUUACUUAUUUGCUUUGGAUGCUAAAGAAGAUGACGAGGAGAAGGUGGAGGAGGAUGCCAUGGAAGAAGACGAAAGGGAUCAGGAAGGUUUGAUUGUGGAUGAUGAGGCCAGGGUCGAGAGGAUUCUGAAGAAGAAGCUAGAGAAGGAGUACGCCAAGGCGGUUCAGGAGGAAAUUAAGGAAGACGUGGCCUCCCGCAAAGAGUCCAACGAGGAGCUCCGACAGAGAUACACGAAGCUUCGAGAACAGCUUAUACAGCAGAGUCAGGCGCUCAUAUACCAGCAGCAGAAACACGCGUAUUUGGAGAUGUUGGCGAAAAAGACAGAAACGCUACGGGAGGCGGAUUUUCUGGAUAAGGACGGCCUUGAAGCGCAGAUUACGCGGUUCCGGAUUAUUGUGGAGAAGCUCGAGUAUGCCACUUCACAGAGCUAG